AAAGAGGCGUCUCGCCGUGAUGUCAGGCUCAUGUGUCGGGGCCGUGAUUCCCAUGAGCGCAGAGCCCGUCUAUGCCCUCACGGCGAAUGAAUCUACCUCUAAUAAACGGCUCAUUUGCAUCUCUUGAAGAGUUCCCUGGGAUGCAAGUGCAGAUUGCGCGGCGGACGAGGACGAGGAGGAAUUGGGAUGGAAAGGUGGAGGCUCUGUCCUGGAAUAGAUUUUCCCUAUCGAUAGCGCCAUGCCCCACUAUUGCCGUUUCGGGAUGGGCCGACUACCGAUCUCGCUCCUCACCACACCUCACGCAACCCCCUUUUGCCGUCCGUUCCCCUGCCGUUCGCCCCGUUUGUCGAAAGCGGGAAUGCCGCCGCGUCUUUCGUUUGCAGCAGGGCGAGCUGCCCUCCGAAAACUUCUUCGGAACACACCGGCACCUGUCGAACCGCGACCGGAUAGCCCGUCUAUCCCAGAUCCCUUCAAAGAGUCAUGGAAAGAAGUCAUGCAAUCCCUGGAGGACGUGGAUGGAGAAGAUGGAAGCCCAUCCUCAGACCUGAACCUGGUCAAGAAUGGCCCGUCUCUUGGCGAAUUGCCUGAAGAGAUCCUUCUGGAAGUCAUAUCCUGUCUAGAAGCUGCAACUGCCAUGGGGUGGUUACCUUCGACCGAGUCUUUACACGCCCUGUCUUUGGCGAGCCGUCAAUUCUACCGCUUGGCGACGCCUUCCCUUUACCGAAGAUAUUGCUCCCAAAGAGAUCGCUCGUCCACGAAGCAGUACCACUACGUCCGGACGCUCAUGAGCUGCCCGGACUUAGCCAAGCACGUCCAAUCGCUGCAAUGGAGCAUUCCCCUGCUUGAUGCAGACCCACAUCCUCACCCCAAUGAAAUAACCUCACGCCUGGAAGAGUAUGGCAGUUGGUUCACGGUGGAGGCAGCACUAGCAAUUCGGGGGAAGCGAGGUCGAAGGCCUGGCGAAGGGGAAGACGCAUAUUUUACCGCGGCUAUGAUGCACACCCCGAACAUCACGCAUCUUCACUUCCUUGAUAGCCGCUCGUCUCGCAGCCUAAGAGGACACCGGCUCUUCUUACAACCGCUAAUACUGCGCUGCCCACACUCGUUUCAACACUUGAAGUCUGUCCACAUUUGGUCGGCUGUAGUGCGACUGGAAGAUAUUCCUCAUUUAUUGCAACUCUCCUCUCUCCGAACGCUCACACUAAAGGGUUUCAUCGACGAGCGCAAAACGGAGUGGCUCUGCACUCCGGGCAUUUCAAACGUCGACGACCUAAGCCUUGAGCUUUCCUUUCUAGAUGCGCUUAAUAUUGCUGAUAUUAUCACGUCUUGCAAGGCACUCCGAAAAUUCUCCUACUCCCACGAUCCUCUCAACAUGGAUCAAGUUGACCAAACUCUGCUACCCCGUCUAGAUUUCCAAACCAUCAAAGCCGCUCUUGACGGCCACCGCAAAUCCCUCCAGGAGAUCCGGAUUCAAGUACUCCUUUAUAACGACCGUUUCCCGCACUGGACCACAUAUGGCCAAGUGGAUUCCUUCGCCACCUACGAAAAGCUCUCCAGCUUACACCUACCGGCGUAUGCGAUCAUCCCGAGAGUGCCGACCCUUUUCGUCGAGCAGCUUCCCCCGAACCUGCACACUCUUGAGUUGACGGAUUGCUCGUUCUUGCAGUUUGGAAACAGGGGGAUGAAAGCCCUAGAGUCCCUAUUGCGGUACUCAAGAGAUGGCCUCAUGAGCUGGAGGAUGGCAUAUCUCGCUCGGGAACUCGCCGCGUUCCUGACAUACGACGAUUGGAAAGAGUUCCAGAAGAGGUUUGAGGUAGAAGGUAUCCUGCUGAGGAUCCGGGAAUACAGGAUUGGUCUCGUCGAGAUUCCAUGGGUACAUGGUUCUUCACUUCAGACCAAUCCCGCGAUAAGGAGCUGACUAUCCCAACGGCUCCACAUAGAAUGAACCUCAUAGGUACAUCCGCCUAGCUAACCCUACCAUACCUUAUCAUGGCUUUGGCGCGCUUUCUGGGUAGGAGCGCUUGCCUUAAUACCGGACGGGAAGACUCCAAAUUGCGCGCGACUGAAUCCUACUUAUUGCUCUUCGACGUUCUCCAGGCUACAAGCCGUACUCAUUGACUACCUUAACCGUUCAUCACAAGCGACGUAACCCAGACAAAGUGGCAAUGAGCGCCAUUCCCAGGCAACUCCUAUAUCCGCCCGAACGCGAUGCAGUGAAGCAGCCUGCCCGCUAGCUGCCAAGGCGCUAAUUUCACCUCCGUUUACACACGAGCGGUGUCACCCCGACACGCUCAACCUCACCUCACCCCCUCGCCGCGUCGUUCAAUGGCCGAUGCUACGCUGUCGUUACUGCCUGUUCAGAAGGCGGAUGAGGAGCGCAAGGUAAGUCUUUCAACGUAUAA